UUGUACACGUGGCAGAAUGAAUCUUCGCGCACGCAAGACGACUCUCCUUAUGUUUGCCAAAUCCGAACUAACGAAUUCAAUACACCAGCUGUUCGUAUGUUGCAUCCACCACUACUCGCUGACACCUCCACGAUAUCGAUACUUUGUCUCGUUGGACAUAGGUCUUUGGUGCCGUUUGCACGGCUGUCGAAAGAGUACUGCACCGCCUCGCCCCGUCUUGGCCUCGCGAUCACCUCUCUGUGCGCCCACGUAUCACAUAUGUGGCAAAGAUACCUCCCUUGGCGAAUGUUCUUCGGGACUGCACCAGCCAUGCACUUCACAUGCUGCCAAACCAUGCACUUGUCGCAGCUCAGCGUUUCCACUCGAUCGUCCACAGUAGCUCCACAAGCACAACGUACCGUACCGUCUUCCUCGUCCAAUGGGAAAUUAUAUUGAUGGAAAAAUUCGGGCAUCAUGUCCGAAUCAUCUGACAGCGGUAGUGACGCUUCUUGCAGCGACCG